AUGAAGAACUCCCAGAUGGAAAGAAAAAAAUACUCAGUUCAUAAUUUGGUAAAACUGAUUAAUGAGAGGAAUAAACAGAACAUAAGGAAUAAGCAGCUCUCUGUAGGAGCCGACGGUACGACAAGUAUCAAGAUAGGGGACGGUCUGGAUAGAGAAACGCACAAUGAUUUUUUCCACAUGGAGAAUAAUGGGCAGGUAGGAGGAAAGGACAAAGCUACGGUCCCCUCGGAAGUUGGGGAUAGCAGCGGAGAUUAUGGCGUAAGAGACGGGAACGUUGAUGAUGGCGACGAAUGUGACGAUGACGACGAACAUGACGACAAACGUGAUGAUGAACGCGCUGCCUGCACGUACGGGGCGGACGCGACGCUGCCCCCCCCCGGGCACAAGGAAAUAAAGCUGUUCAUGUUUGAUUACAACGAGUGCCAAAACCAAAAGUGCUCCUGUAAGAAGUUAUACAAAUUUAAAAAAAUAAAAAAGGCACCAAUCAAUAAAAAAUUUAAAGGAAUCGUAUUAACGCCAUUCUGCGAGAAACUCUUUUCCAUAAAUGAUAAAGCCACUGUGGAGAAUUUUGGCCUGUCUGUAAUUGACUGUUCUUGGAAAUCGCUGGACUUAUUGAAAAAAUGCAAGUUCGCAAACCAGAGGAAAUUACCUUACAUCAUUGCAGUUAAUAGUAUAAAUUAUGGAAAGCCAUACAAGCUCUCCUGCUUGGAAUCGUUGGCAUUCUGCUUAUAUGUCUGUGGCUACAACAAGCAGUGUACCGAUAUUCUCAACAUUUACAAAUGGAGCUCAAGUUUUGUAAAUCUCAAUGAAGAGUUGCUCGAUAUGUACAAAUUAUGCAACACCCAUGAGGAGGUAAAGAAUGUUGAAGAUGAGUUUAUUCAUAAUUCGCUCAACGAAAAGGAGAAACGGAAAAAAAUAGACCACUACAAGGUUAUAUAUGAGGAUGGCUACUUGUAG